ACAAAACCAGAACGCUAAGUUCUCGUCCGAUUCCUCCUCUCAUUCUCUCCCGGCUCCUCUCCCUCUUUCCGCUCAUCAAAGGAAUUGGGAAAAUUAACCUCCGGCCCCUCUCAGUUCUUGGGUUAGUUUUUUGCCCCCCCCUCCUAAUUAAUUUGGGUGAAGGAACCAAAAGAUGGCGGCUUUGACUGGGAGCGCGAUGAGAAGAAAGAGAUUCUCUGAUAUCACCAACAUCACCAGCAACGGGAGAUCCGAGAGAUCCGAAGUCAACGAGCAAGAAAACCCUAAUGGAGGGCCCAUUAAGAGUGCAAAGGAUUACAUUGAGAUGCUUUUAAAGGAAAAUAAUGCGCUUCUGAGGCUUCUUGAUGAGAGAAAUAAAAUCGUAGAAAUUACUGGGACGGAGUUGCAAAAGCUUAAGAUAAGUUUACAGAAGGCCAAUCAGCAGAACUGGCAGCUUGCUCAGGCUAAUUCUCACAUGUUAGCGGAGCUCAAUUUGGGUAAAGACAGACUAAAAGCAAUGCAGCAUGAACUUGGAACUACAGUUGCAGUCCUCAGAGCUAGAACUUCAGAACUACAGGAGGAGAAGAAAUUGAGCGAGCAAUACAAAAAGCUUGGUGAAAAGAUUGGCACUGAGGAGAAUCUCUUGAAGCCAAAUGAAAUUGUGAUAGAUCCACCUCCUCCAGCUUACUGCAAAAAACCAGCUGAUAUAGAUAGAAAACGCACUCUGAGAAGUCGAUCUCUAGGGCCGACCUGUAUAACUCGUCAAGAAACGACAAAGGAGAAGGAUGAAGGCAGAAGCAGGAAAUCUUUGAGGAGGGCUUGUAACAUGAAAACUGAGCUUUCUGAACAAAGUGAGAGCUUGUUUGAGAUAGAAGACAUAAAAUUUGCACUACGCUCACAGGAAGAUCGAUGCUUCGACAGCACUCAGGAUUCAACCGAGAAGGAUCGAAGUGUUUCUCCUGGAAAUCAAAAUCAGGGGUCGAGAAGAAGAUCGUUGAUAGGGAGGCCAAUGAGAAGGGCAGCUGAGAAGGUGAAUUCUUACAAGGAAGUGCCCCUCAAAAUGAAGUUGAGAAGAGUUGAGUAACUGUGGGUGGAAUUUUAAGUUUCAUUGUGGAGCUUUUCCACAAUUGAAACUGAUAAAGAACACUAUAUUCUGUGUUCCGGGAAAUUUAUGUUGUAUAACUGUGCACCCUUUGAUUUACUUGUGUACUGAUGUAAUGGAGACAAAUUUAGAAACAUUGAAUUCAUUCAUCUC